UGUCAGUCACCAUGGUGGUGGCAUACAACAGAACACGGCGAACAGUGGUGUGCCAUUUCUCACUUUUAGUUGUAUGUAAACGCGAAUAAAAUGAGUUUUCUCAGUGAACGUAAGGUGUUUUGACAUUUUCGUGAUGGACGCCAUGUUGUUGCUGUCUGGUUAGCUUGUAGCCGUUAGCUUUCCUUUUGUUUACCGGAUCCUUUAUGGAAUUUCUUCCCGUCGCCAGCAGAAUGCUGAGGAGACAAGGAAUAUCUUCACGUAACGCUGGCUUCAACGGUGGGACUUUAGGUUUGGCAGUUUGAAAAUAACUCAACGAGACUGUUUGAUACAUUUUUUAUUUAAAUAAGUUUUAAUAGUCAGUAGCAGCGGGGACCGCUGUUGGCAGCCGGUUUCGGGUUGGGCAGCAGAGAGGGACAGACACCCCGAGGAGACCGCUCGGCUGUCUGGCUCCAGUCGUGGCCUGGCUUGGGGCACUCCCAGCUCCGGACCACAGCCAACAAGAAUAAAGUACAACAAAACGGAGGCCUACAUCUGUGCAUAUACAUCGCCUCUGGAUUCCAGUAAAGUGGUUUUCAAGAAUAAGAAACUGCGCUACACGCCGCCUUCCAAGACAAUGGCGUCUUAUGUGGAUAACCGCUUUCGGCAGGCUGUGAUGAUGAAUCCGUCUGAACGGACGCAACAGGACCUGGAAAUCGUUUACUCAUAUCUCCAUGGGAUGGAGGCUCUGUCCAACCUGAGGGAGCACCAGCUGAGAAUAAUGUGCGAGACGGUGCGAUACGAGAGACACGAGGCCAACGAAGUGCUCUACUACCCAGAUGAUGUGGGAAGCUGCUGGUACAUCCUGUUGUCAGGCUCGGUUUUCAUCAAGGAGUCCAUGUUUCUUCCAAGAAGCAGUUUUGGGAAGCGAUCAGCAGGCAGCCUGCGGCGUGGAUGUGAAUGCAUCGUCCUUGAACCCUCAGAAAUGAUUGUGGUGGACUAUAUGGAUGAAAAUGAGGAGUACUUUCAGCGACAAGCCUCGCACCGACAGUCCCGGCGGCGCUUUCGGAAGAUCAACCAGAAAGGCGAGCGACAGACUAUCAUCGACACGGUGGACCCGUACCCCACUGGAAAGCCGCCCGUAGCCCGGGGUUACCACACGGAAUGCAAUAAACCGAAGCUCCCUGCAGACUUCAGCAGACUGCACCUGGCUGACGGCUUACACCCACAGGUGACCCACGUCUCGUCCAGCCACUCAGGAUGUAGUAUCACCAGUGACUCUGGAAGCAGCAGCCUGUCAGACAUUUACCAGGCCACAGAGAACGAGCCAGGUGACAUGGACCUGAGCGGCCUGCCUGAGACCGCAGUGGACUCCGAGGAGGACGAUGACGAGGAGGACAUCGAGCGAGCCUCCGACCCCCUGAUGAGCCGGGACAUCGUCCGGGACUGCCUGGAGAAGGACCCCAUGGACCGGACGGAUGAUGACAUAGAGCAAUUACUGGAGUUCAUGCAUCAGCUGCCAGCGUUUGCUAACAUGACCAUGUCGGUGAGGAGGGAGCUCUGCGCAGUCAUGGUGUUCGCCGUGGUGGAGCGAGCCGGCACCAUCGUUCUCAAUGAUGGAGAAGAGCUGGACUCGUGGUCGGUGAUCCUGAACGGCUCAGUGGAGGUGACCUACCCCGACAGUCGGACAGAGAUGCUGUGCAUGGGGAACAGCUUCGGUGUGUCUCCAACCAUGGAGAAGGAAUUUAUGAAAGGCGUCAUGAGGACCAAGGUGGACGACUGCCAGUUUGUAUGCAUAGCCCAGCAGGACUACUGCUGCAUCCUCAACCAGGUGGAGAAGAACAUGCAGAAGGUUGAGGAGGAAGGAGAGAUCGUCAUGGUGAAGGAACACCGUGAACUGGAUCGUACCGGCACCAGGAAAGGACAUAUUGUCAUCAAGGGCACGCCUGAGCGUCUCACCAUGCACCUGGUGGAGGAGCACUCGGUGGUGGAUCCUACCUACAUUGAGGACUUCCUGUUGACCUACAGGACCUUCCUCUCCAGCCCCAUGGUCGUGGGAAAGAAGCUCCUGGAAUGGUUUCACGACCCAAGUCUCAGGGACAAGGUUACACGGGUAGUCUUGCUGUGGGUAAACAAUCACUUUAAUGACUUCGAGGGAGACCCUGCCAUGACUCACUUUCUGGAGGAGUUUGAGAGCAAUCUGGAGAAGGAGAAAAUGUGCGGGCACCUCAGACUGUUAAACAUAGCGUGUGCUGCUAAAGCCAAGCCACGGCUGGUGACGCUGACUAAGCCGUCCAGAGACUCUCCUCUGGCCUUCACCCUCCUCGGAGGUCAAGAGAAAGGUUUCUGCAUCUUCAUUGAUACCGUGGAGCCAGGGAGCAAGGCAGCAGAGGCCGGACUCAAGCGUGGAGAUCAGAUCUUGGAGGUAAAUGGACAGAAUUUUGAGACUGUCCAGUUCAGCAAAGCCAAUGAGAUUUUAAAGAACAACACCCACUUAUCCAUAACUGUGAAAACAAAUCUUUUAGUGUUUAAGGAGCUGCUAACACGGCCAGAACAUGAGCAUGAGUUGGACGGGGAUGAGGAACACGACAGGAAGAACGGUGCGCCUCAUCUACCAAAAAUCGGGGACAUUAAGAAGGGGAGCCGUUACUCCAUACCGGACCUGGCGGUAGACGUGGAACAGGUCAUGGGGUUGGAGAAAGCCAGCAAAAAGGCCAAGAGCAACACAGUGGGAGGCCGCAACAAGCUGAAAAAAAUCUUUGAUAAGACCCUCACCAGCAUCCUGCCCCCCAAACCGUACAACGACGUUUGUGUAGGCCAAUCACAGGAUGACAGUAUAGUGGGGAUGAAGCCGUCCAAGCAGAUCCCAGCAGCUCUGCCGGUCAGUGGGAACCUGUCGUCGUCGAACCCGGACCUCCUGCAGUCACACCACCGCAUCCUCGACUUCAACAACCAGCCUGUACCGGUCAUCCAGAAUAUGUCAGACCAAGUGCUACGAGUAUUCAAGGCGGACCAGCAGUCUCGGUAUAUCAUGAUUGGGAAGGACACAACGGCUAAAGAGGUGGUGGCCCAGGCUAUCAGGGAGUUUGCUCUGACUGCAACGCCAGAGGCUUAUUCUCUAUGUGAAGUGUCUGUCACACCGGAGGGCGUCAUUAAGCAGAGGCGCUUACCAGACCAGCUUUCCAAACUAGCUGACAGGAUUCAGCUAAGUGGCAGAUACUACUUGAAGAGUAAUAUGGAGACGGAGACAUUGUGCUCUGAUGAAGACGCGCAGGACCUCCUACGAGAAGGCCAGAUCGCUCUGCUGCAGCUCAGCACGGUGGAGGUGGCCACCCAGCUCUCCAUGAGAGCCUUUGAACUUUUCUGUGCCAUCGAGCCCACCGAAUACAUCGACGACCUGUUCAAGCUGCGCUCCAAGACAGGCUCGGUCAGCCUCAAGCGCUUCGAGGAGUCCAUCAACCAUGAGACCUUCUGGGUGGCAACCGAGGUGGUACGGGAACCCAACCAGCUCAAGCGCAUGAAGAUCAUAAAGCAUUUUAUCAAGAUUGCUCUACAUUGUCGAGAGUGCAAGAACUUCAACUCCAUGUUUGCCAUCAUAAGUGGCUUGAACUUGGCUCCAGUUUCCAGACUGAGGGGAACAUGGGAAAAAUUGCCAAGCAAAUAUGAGAAAUUGUUUGGGGACUUGCAGGAUCUCUUCGAUCCCUCUAGAAAUAUGGCCAAGUACAGGAAUGUUCUCAACAAUCAGAACCUUCAGCCACCAAUCAUUCCCCUGUUCCCAGUUAUCAAGAAGGACCUCACAUUCCUACACGAAGGCAAUGACUCCAAAGUGGACGGUUUGGUGAACUUUGAGAAGCUUAGGAUGAUUGCCAAAGAAAUCCGUCACGUGGGCCGCAUGGCGUCUGUCAACAUGGACCCUGCUCUUAUGUUCCGGACCAGGAAGAAGAAAUGGAGAAGUUUAGGCUCUUUAAGUCAGGGCAGCGCCAAUGCAGCCGUGCUCGAUGUCAGCCAGACAGGUGGCCACAAGAAGCGGGUUCGACGCAGCUCCUUCCUCAACGCCAAAAAGCUCUACGAAGACGCCCAGAUGGCCAGGAAGGUCAAGCAGUAUCUGUCCAACCUAAGUCUGGAAACCAACGAGGAGAGCCUUCAGACAUUUUCACUACAGUGUGAACCCUCAAUCAGCACAUUACCCAAGAAUGCUGGUGGGAAGCGACCUGACACUUCCCCGGUCGUGCCCAGAGCAGCCAGUCAGCAGCGGGGCCAGUUAGCCAAAGGAAACCAGGUCCUGCAAGUUCCCUCUGUGGCACUCUACCCAUCCCGGAAAAGAGUGCCAGUCAAGGAUCUACCACCGUUUGGCACCAGUUCGCCCCAGUCCCUGAAGAAGAUCCUGUCUCUGUCUGAGGAGGGGAACGAAAGGCACCGGAGGCAGCCAGAGGACACCAUGUCCAACGCUUCCUCCCAGCUCUCCUCUCCGCCCACCUCCCCCCAAAGCUCACCAAAGAAGGGUUACAGCAGGUCAGGCGACGCCUACUCGGACUCUGGCCACAGCGAGAUCUCGUCCCGCUCCAGCCUGGUCAGUAACUCGUCCUUCGACAUGGCGCAGGAGGAGCGGAGACUCCGUCACUCUGGAGGAGCUGGCGAAUCCCACAUGGGGGGGCCUCGGCUGGAGAGAAGAGCCACGACCGACCCUGAUCAGUACAGUCUGGGGUCCUAUUCCUCAAUGCAGGACUGUCGGGGUAUUUACGCCGGCUGCUCCACUGUCCUCUCCUCGCCCAGCUCAGAGGAACUGACUCAGGAUCAGGGAGAUCGUGUGUCUCUGGAUGCUGCAGACAGUGGCCGCGGCUCCUGGACUUCCUGUUCCUCUGGCUCCCAUGACAAUAUUCAGAACAUGCAGCAGGGCCGAAGCUGGGAGCUUGGCAUCGGAGGGCUGUCUUCGGCAUCAGAGGCGUUGUUAGGGGGUCCAGCGGCGCUGUGGGCGGCGCAGGCCAGGGGCAGCUGGGCAUCGGCCAGCUCCUCCUCAUCCUCAGCCGCCUACUGGGGAGAAGAAUCAGAAGGAGACACAGGGACGAUCAAGAGGAGAGGAGGAAAGGACGUAAACGCAGACGCAGAGACAAGUAGCAUCACAUCCACCGGGUCGGAGGAGGCCAAGCAGCUCGGCCGGCCGUCUCCAUCACCCAUCACAGCUGGGGGUAAAGCCUUUCUUUCUCGAAAAGAGGGCCGAUACCGGGAGCCCCCGCCGACUCCGCCCGGCUACACCGCCCUGACCCUCUCAGACCUCGCCGAGGGUCAGCACCCGCCCCCACCCGUACCCACGACGACGGUAACCCACUCGAGUCGCCGGCCGCCAGACUACACCACGGCUCUACAGCGCUCGCGGAUGGUGACCCAGUCGCCCGACUCCCACCAGGCCCACCAGGCCGCCAAACACCGGGGAGGCAGCCUCCACCGCACCCGCUCCCCCGCAGACGAGCAAGAACCCGACGACGAAGAGGAGGGUGAGUCCUUGUCUCCCAAACUAGUGGCUCUGAGGAAACCGUUGGCCCGACACACGCCUGAGGCCCCCAGACCGUGACGGUGUGAGGGGUCAGCAGGCAGGGCCGCCCCCCACAUGGCAGAGGACGAGCAGGUGUCUGCAGUCUGAGGGGCAACAGUGGACGUUGAUUUGUAGGAACUUGAAGCCCCCUCUGCCCCCCUGCCCCUUCAGAUGGGCUGGAUUAAAGAGACAGACAUACAGACUCGUCAACUCGCUACGUACGUGCCUGCCUCCUCCAGUCGGUGGAUUCUUCGCUCCUCGUCUCCCUCCCCUGCCUUAAAGCAUCAUGGGGGGUUUGAUGACCCUGCAUGCAAAAAAUACUGUGAAGAAGAGACGGAGAGAAGGUCAAAGACAAUGACAAAAUGCCUGGCACUUUGGACAAAUUAAAUACUUUAAAAAAAACUAUAAAAAAAAACUGAGAGACAGAAAACAGCCACCUGUUGACGCAGCAGAAUCAUGACGUGUCGGGUUUCAUCUGCACUUUCUCGUUUUCUCUUUUGAAAAGGAAAACCUGAACAAUUAAAGAACAUUAAAACAAGACUUUUUAUGAAAGACAGAGAGAAACAGCGAACGAUUUCUUCAUCUUCCCUCUGGAUUUCUUCCCAUUUCUGAUUAUUUUUCUUUAAAUGAUUGCACUCGAGGGGCUGAAAACAGAAACCUGGACUGAAUCAACCCGUCUGUUGUUGGAGUGUUUGAACUUUAAAUCCAGUAUUAUCUCUUGUUCACGUGUGAACGCGUGUCACUUGUUGGUUUAAAUUAAAAAUUGAAGCUAAGAGGCGACUUGGUCUGGAGAACCAUCAUGCAGUAUACUGACAUGCAACACGUUGUACCUACCAGAUACUCUUAAUUCUUGCACUUUGAGCACAAUCGUAAUGUUUGGUUUGAUUUCCAGGGUAUGAGCGAAGCAUUCAUGUCGCAGCUCGUCUCCUCUGUGUUGCAACACAACACAGUUUUGACCUUUGGGAGAUAAUAGAAAAGCACACUCACUCGAAAUCAUGUAUGAUUGUCUCCCUACAAUUAAACUAAAACCAGGAAUUUAUGAUUAAAACGUAAAUAUCUUUCCAUUUUUUUGUCUUGGUAAUGAGAGAUCAUGUGGUGCACAUUUCAGGAGGCAUUAUCAGGUAAAGUUGAAAGAAUAUUUAAAAAUAAAAGCAUCCACUGAUUCAGAUUUGGCCGUUUUCCAACCUGAACACGCAUCCUGUGAAAGUCCGAGCGCCUUACAUUGCCAUGGUUGCAGACAUGUCUUUACACGGUCGUUCACAAUGCAAAUCAAACUGUUCUGGGAUGAAAUGCCUUAUUUCUGAUGCUCCUUUUUUUAAAACGAACAACCAGACUAAAAAGUUAGAGUUUUGUCUUGUUUUUUGUUUAUUUUCUGGACGGUUUGUGGCUUCGGCCCGCCGUGUGUUACCGUAUCGUAGAGGAUGUGUUUCCAUCUCUGCUGUCCUUCUAGAUUCAUCCUCAGAAAUACUUCCUGUCUGUUACAAACAGCCUCUGUAUAUCAAAGUUUCCUCCACAUCUGGCCGUCAGUGGAAGUGACUCAAGAUUUACAUUUGUUUAGUUUUUAUUUUUGACUCCGGUGAAGAAGGCGACAUAUGAAGUAUAAUUAUCAUGAUUUUUCUUUCAAAGCUGCCAAUCGCCACACUUUGAAUAUUGUGAAAAGAAAAUGAACGUUUUGUUUCCUUCUAUCACAGCGUCACACUGAUCACAUUGAUCAGUCCUGGAAGCUACAGACUGAGUAAAACCAUGAACGACUGCAGUGUUUUCCACUGUGUUCUGUGACUACACAUUAAAUGAUUUCUUCUUUUUGUAACGGCUGCAGAUUGAUUGUUAAUAAUUUGUUUGUAACACAGUUGUGCAUCAUUUACUUUCAUUCAACUCUGAAGAUAAUGUGCAUAUUAGCGGGUCGAGUCGUAAUUUGAUAAACAAAAAGUUGCACAAAAAUUGUACAAGCAUAAAGAUAAGUGUAGUAGGUAGAACUGCUACUGCGUUCGGUGUGUGGUGUCAGUGAGGUGUGUACAUUUAGCUGGUGACGAACUUCUUUUCUUCAUUCUUUCUUGUACUACUUUAACCUGUAUGUCUUUUAAAAAGACAAUUGGUGGAGUACGUAUCAGUUGUUUUUGUAUUUUUAAUACAAUAAUUGUAAAUAUUGGUUAUAUUUUUGUUCAAAUGUAAAAUGUUUAUGCCUCAACAUCCAGUUUAUAUGAAGCUGGGAAUCAAUAAAUACUGCAUAAAGACCCAG